CUCAGCUUUUCCAUCGUCUUUUCCACAUACACAGCAGGUAGACAGGGAACCAGUUGUCGCCGCCAGAGGGUCAUGCCAAAUGUUCCUGCCGUUGGACCGGGAACUAAGAUUGAAGAUCUUCCACUUCUAAAUGCGCCAGAGCUGAUGGAAGAUCGUGGGGGCGAUGAGGGCGCUCCGGAUGGCUUCCAAACUCCGCCAAGCAGCUGCAGCAGUUGGAAUCCGCCAAGUGAUUCAGACGAAGACCCUGAAGAGGUGCGCCGCCGCCAUGAGCCUGACGAAGAUGGGAAGUUCUGGGAUGAUCCAUUGUGGUAUGGGAAGACGCGUAAGGAGAUUGAAUACGCCACGGAGCUGGAAAAAUCCAACGGUAAUGCCGCCAGCCGAGAAGGAGACUGGAAAAAGGCAAAGAGGUAUUGGAAAAAUGCGUUGAAAGGAGCUGAGAAGAUUCAGGAUGCGGAGACCGAGUUUCGGCUUCACUCCAAUCUGGCGCUAGCCUACAUCAAGCAGAAGAAGAUUGAGAAAUCACUGGAACACUGCGAGCAGGCUCUGAAGGAACGCCUCAAAGUGGCGGUCUCCGCCGAGCUGCGGGGCAAGGUGCACUACAGAAGGGCUGAAGCUUUUGAAGCUGCCGGUGAGGUCUCCAAAGCAAUCGCAGCCUGCAAGCUGUCGUUGGAGGUUCACCCUGAGAAUGUGGAUGUGCGCAAGAAGCUGUCAAGCUUGAAGGCACAGGAGGCUGACCAAAGAAAACGCGAGAAGGCUUUAUUUUCAGGCCUACGUGGACUCUGUGGCAGCCACUCUGACCCAAAUGCAGCUCCAGUGCCCCCACCUCCUCCGCCUCCUCCUGAAGCUGAUUCCUCUGAUGAGGAGCGAAGAUAUGGCGAGGAGGAUUCGGACGGCGAACUGACGGCAGAGCAGCAGAUGAUGCUGGACCGGGGCCUGACGGACAGAGAAGCUGCGGCGCGGCUCGUAGACAGCAUUGGAAUGGGAAGUUCCGGUGAUCUGGUGAAUCCAUCCAACAUGACCAUGGGUGCAGAGGUCUUUUGGUCCCCUGAAAUGCUGAAGGGCACCAACGUGAGACAGAGCAUGCCUGCGUGAUGCAUGAUGCACAUGUCAUCAUGUGUCAUGGAGGGGCCUGUGGAAUAACGGGUUGUGUUGCAGAAGAGCGACGACCCAUGUUGCAGCGUGCUGACAGUCAGCUCGUGCCUGGAGGUGCUGCAAGAGCAUUUCACGGUUGUUGUGUAAAUCUGGUAGAGAUUUGGAGUGGCAUGCGAGUUUAGGCCCGGCCCAUAAGGUGGCAGGGCUGACGUUUUCAGACAAGAAAAGAG